AUGUCAAAAGGUUCUAAGGGAAAGAAAGCGAUUGACUCCAAGUGGGUAUACAAAGUUAAGUACAAGCCGAAUGGAGACAUUGAAAGAUACAAAGCUGGCUUAGUUGCCAAAGGUUUUACUCAGAUGGAGGGGAUCGAUUUCCAUGACACCUUUGCCCCUGUUGCAAAGUUGGUUACGGUUCGAACCAUUUUGGCGGUUGCGGUUAAAAGAAAUGAAAAGGGGUUUAGACAGUCUAAGGCAGAUCACUCCUUGUUCGUUUUUAGAAAUGGAGGAAGGUAUAUUGCCGUUUUGAUAUACGUCGAUGAUGUCAUUUUGGUUGGAAAUGAUGCCACAAAAAUAAAUGAAACAAAGCGAUUUUUGAAUGAACAUUUCAGUAUAAAAGAUCUUGGAAGCCUCAAGUAUUUCUUGGGUAUCGAGGUUGCUCGAACGGAAGAAGGGAUGGUUCUUAGCCAAAGAAAAUACACCCUUAACAUUCUUGAAGACGCCGGGAUGCUCGGUUGUCGGCCUAGCCCCCUGCCCAUGGAACAAAAUUUAAAGUUGCAAAAUGGAGAGGAAGAAGACCGAAUUGAUGCAAGUCAUUAUCGGCGUCUUGUUGGAAGACUACUUUAUCUUCAGGCAACUCGCGCCGACAUUGCCCAUUCGGUUAGCAUUUUGAGCCAAUUCGUGUCAGACCCUAGACAGAGCCAUCUCGAUGCUGCUACUAGAGUGGUUCGGUACCUGAAGGCCACGGCUGGUCAGGGCAUUCUUUUACCAAAGAAAGGGGGAAACGACUUGGUCGCAUACACUGAUUCAGAUUGGCUAGGUUGUCCCAUUACUAGACGAUCAAGAACCAGAUACCUUCUUAUUCUUGGAGGUGCUCCCGUUUCUUGGAAGUCCAAAAAGCAAUCCGUUGUGUCCCGAUCGUCUGCCGAGGCAGAGUAUAGGGCCAUGGCUACCACCGUCAGUGAAGUUCUUUGGAUGAGAUGGCUCCUUAAGGAUCUUGACACUACCCAAGUAAAGCCGACCGCAAUUUUCCAUGAGAAUCUUGCAGUCAAACACAUUGCCAACAAUCCCGUCUUCCACGAACAAACUAAACAUGUUGAAAUGGAUUGUUAUUUCGUUCGUGAACGAGUAGAGUCAAAAGAGGUGGAGCCGUUUCAUGUCAACACUAAACUUCAAGUGGCAGAUUUGUUCACCAAAGCUCUCGGAUCGAAACAGUUGCAGGGUUUACUUGUCAAGCUGGGUGUUCGAAAUCUUCACGCUCCAACUUGA